AUGUUCUUCAGCAAAUUACCGCUUGUUUUUCUCGCCACUAUUCUGGGAAUAUCAUGUGGUGCAAGGAAUGGAUAUCCUUAUCCGCAGUCUAAUGGACCGAUUGGAUACCGUUUGCCUCUACCGAAUGGACUACCGGGAUACCCAUAUCCACAGUCUGAUGGAUCGAGUGGACACCCUUCUUCUCAACCAAAUGGACGAACGGGAUACCCUUAUCCGCUGGAUAAGGGACCGAGUGGACACUCUUUGCCUGAACCGAAUAACCAAUGGCUUCCCGUAACCCCUUCCCCUGGCUUACAGGAUAAUAAUAGAUAUACACGGUGUGUUUGCACAGAAUUUAGUGGUGGAAUUGGAUACCCUUACGCGCAAUCUAAAUAA